AUGGCCGCGCGGUCGCUUCUCUUCGACGCUGUGAUAGCAGACCAGCCCGCGCAGCUGCGGCAACUGCUGGUGGGCCAGCAGGACCCGCCCAUCGUCAUUGCCGCGUGCCAGCUGCACACCGCGGCGGUGGAGCUGCUUCGGGAGAAUGGCGCGGAGCUGCCCGCGACGGUGGGGGAUUCCGACAGCGAGGAGGAGGAGGAGGAGGAGGAGGAGGAGGAGGAGGAGGAGGAGGAGGAGGAGGGCGGCGUCGGCCUGAGCGACAGCGACGGCGACAGCGACACGCCCAUGGAUGCCCCGCUGCUGGGCCCAGCCACCCUGCCCGCCAAAGAUGUCGCCUUGCUGGGCGGCGGUCGCGCUUCCCAGCUGGUGCGCCAGCCGUGGAUGGAAUGCCUGUACCAGCAGCACGCGGCGGCGCAGGCGGCGCUGCUGCGUGGCCAGGAGGCGCGCCAGCUGGCGGAGGGGCGGCUGGAGGAGGCGCGCGGCCGGCUGGCGGCGGCCGGCGCGGCGGGCGCGGCGGGCGCGGCGGCGGCGGCGGACGCGGUGGCGCGCGCGGAGUCUGAGCUGGCGUCCGCCAGAACCGUGGAGGACAGCCUGACCCUGCGGUGCGGGGAUCGGUACCGCGAGAUGGCAGCCCACAUGGAGCAGGAGCGGCGGCAGGGGCGGUCCGUCUAUUACUCCACCGCAGACUUUGCCACAGACCCGUUUGGGCCGCGCCCCCCCAGCCAGCGCCGCCUGGACGCGCCGCCCGACGCCGCAGGCGCCUCCACCUCGGCCGCGGCCGGCGCGGGCGCCGAGGCGGGCGGCGCCGCUCAGGCCAGCGGCUCCGCCGGCGCGGGCCCCUCCUCCACCUCUGCCGCCGCCGCCGCCGCACCCGGCAAGUGGUCGCCUCUGGGCAGGCGCAUGCACCUGGCACGGCUGCUGCGCCGCUCCCGGGGCUCCCCCUCCAUCCCCCCCGAGCUCAUCCACCCCUCCUCCGCCGCCGCGCGCCGCACCGAGUGGCAUCGCCGCCUGAGGGCGCAGCUGGUGGCCGACGCCGCCGUGCACGGCCUGCACGACGUGCUGCAGCUGAUGCUGAGCCAGGGCGCCAGCCCCAUCCAGACCGUGCCCUGGACCAGCUGGCCUCAGCUGCCGGCGCCUCCCGGCCUGCGCCCGCCCCCCCACCUCGCCCUGCUCAUGCCCGGCGGCGAGCGCUCGCCGCUCGCGCUGGCCGCGGCGGCGGGCCACCGCAGCUGCGUGCUGCUGCUGCGGCGCCACGGCGCGGCGGUGGACAUGGGCGUGCUGCGCCACGCGGUGUGGUCGCUCAGCGCGGAGGGCGUGGCGGCGCUGCUGUCCGAGGGCUGCGGCCAGCUGCCGCCCUCGGUGCCCUGCAGCUAUGCGGAGGGCGCGCUCAACUGCCCCGUCCUGCUGCUGCUCCAGCGGCACCUGGAGAUGGCGGCGGGCGCGGUGCUGGGCCGCGAGCCGCCCGCCGCGCUGGCGCGGCUGGAGGCGCAGGCGGUAUGCAUCAUGGACAUGCUGUACGAUGCUGGGUACCGCAUACGGGUGUACCGCGACAUGUGCGGCAAGGGCGCAGACGGCGUGUGGCGCAUGGGCCGCUUCUUUGGGCUGCAGGCCGACGAGCACGCACGGCUGGGGGUCAGCGGCCGCAACAGAACUCUCUGGAGCGCCUACUGCCGCAGCCCCUGGAGCGCCGACGCGCACGCCAGCUUCCACCCCGCCUUCAAGGCCGCCGCCCGCAUGCUGCUGCUGGUGGCGCGCUGGGGCGAGGACAAGCAGCGCAAGCAGGAGGGCUGCCGCGCCUGGGCUGAGGCACGGGCGGUGGAGGGGCCGCAGGAGGUGGAGGAGGCGGAGGCGCGGGGCUGCGCCGCACAUGCCGGCACCUCGGAUGCUGCCGUGGAUGCGGGCACCGUGGCGGUGGCUGCCAUGGCCCGCCUGCCCCUCGAGCUGCUCCACAAGAUCAUCGGCCAUGCCGCUUACCCGCUGUCCAAGUGGGUGUGCGUGGGCCAGGCGUGA